AGUGACAUAGAACUGCAUUUACAAAUCGACAGAAACCAGUUCAUAAAGUAUCAGUAGCGUUAAAUGCAAGGACCAGGAAUUCAGGAGAAUAUCUUGGCAGAGGUUCAUACUCUCUAAAUGCCAUAUAAUUGCUUUUGAUCGUAUUAGAAUAAUCAAACUAAAGAACUAUUAAUUCCUAUCUGAAAAAUAUGGAGCGAAAAAUUUUGCUCCACAUCAUCAUCCUAAUCACAAUGAUUUCAUAUAGCACAUCUUCAGGAUCGUGGUAUUUCAACACGAUGAAGGAUACGAAACAGUUAGACUAUUCACUAGAAACCUCCUUUAAGGCAUACGCUACAAGUGAUUGCGCAAUAAAAUGUGCUAUGAACGAAAAAUGUUAUUCAUUUGCGUUCUAUGAAGCUGGCGGAACAUGUCAGCAAUACAAAUUUAAAGGCGAAGGACCAAUAAAUGAAGAUGGAUGGAUAUAUGGUUUCGAUAAAGAGGAGGAGUCUUCAGCAGAGAGUUCAGAGACAUAAAUGCAUUGUUCCAUUCUAGACUGAGAUAAAAGGCAGAGAUCUCACAUUCAAAUGUGUUGAUUAGAUGACAAAAGAGUGAU